AUGUGGGGUUUAAGACUCCGGUCCCUGCAAAAACAGUGGGCACCAGUUCGAACUCGAGCUCUGUCAAGCUUCAAAAGUCAUGCAUCUCCGCGCGGUCCUCGCAAUAGCAUAAAAGGACCAAAUCUCAUCCAGACUGCGAGGAAAGCCGAACCCUUACAGCAGCCUGUGCCUGCUGCCCCUGCGUCCCAAGAUGCCAUAGGUCCCAACUACGACCCUUUGCAGAACACGCUACUUUCUCCCGUUUACGUGCCUGAAGACCCCAGAGGUGUGCUUAAAGAAAACCACCCGGCAACUUCAAUACUGGCAAACUCGGGAAUAGUCGUACAACGAGAACUAGAGAUGAUGAAUGUUCUGAUUGGGUUUGAACAAGCGAAUAAGUAUGUCAUCAUGGAUGCGCAGGGAUAUCACAUUGGGUAUAUGGCAGAACAGGAUAAGGGAUUGGCAAGUACAAUGGCACGGCAGUGGUUCCAUACCCACCGAAGUUUCGUGACACAUGUAUUUGACCGACAAGAAAAUGAAGUCCUUCGAUUCAAUCGCCCGUUCUCUUGGAUCAACUCCCGAAUUCAUGUAUAUGACCCUCUCGAUCAAACCCCAAAUGCUCACUCGGCAUCCACCUCUCUUCAAAGCACAACACCAGGUUCUCUCAUUGAACCUGGCGCCAGCUCCAGCGCAAGGAUAUCCCCACUUGGACUCGGUCAAAUGCGAGUUAUCGGCGAAGCCCAGCAGCAGUGGGCACCUUUACGGCGAAAAUACAAUCUCUUCACCCAUCACCAGUCGCCAAACCCGGAAACAGACAUGGGAACCCAUAAUAUCGCACUAUCCGACUCUGGUUUAUCACGCGCACAGCAGAUGCAACUAAUACAAACAUCCAACCAAGACCAGGGUCAAUUCAACCAAUUUGCCUAUGUUGAUGAGCCCUUUCUAUCAUGGGAUUUCUCCCUGAAAUCAGCAGACGAUCAGUUAAUUGGAUCCGUCAAUCGCAAUUUUGCAGGAUUUGCUCGCGAAAUCUUCACGGACACAGGUGUCUACGCAAUGCGAAUGGAUUCUGCAGCUCUCGGCACAGAGACACCACACAAAAACAAAGCCUUAGGCAUGACCCUCGACCAACGUGCUGUCAUGUUGGCUACAGCUGUAAGCAUUGAUUUCGAUUACUUCAGCCGCCAGCAUGGCCAUGGUGUAUUUGGCUUUCCGGCGUAUGGAGUCCCUAUGGGCGGCCAGGCUCCUGCCGGCGGUGCAGCUGCAGAAGGCGCCGCCACCGGUGAGGCUGGAGCUAUUGGUGGAGCCGCUUCUGGAACUCUUGAACGAGUUGGAACUGCCGGUGGUAUGCCAAAUGGUAUGGUUGGAGGCGCUACCACCGCCGGUGCAAUGGCUGGAUAUGAAGCAAUGCAGAGGGCGAACACAGGCGAUCCAAAUGCCUCGGCAUCAGAGCCGACGGACCCGGGCUCACAAGGUUUCCAGGAUAAACCUCGAGACCCUUGGGAGGAUGGCUCUUGGGGUGACGAAGGGGGUGACAUUGGUGAUGGGGGUGAUGGGGGUGAUUAUUUCGACUGGUGA